AUGAGUCUUUUGAAGAUCCCCUUCCUCGUAGCUUCGGCCAUUUGCAUACACAUCUCGGUGACUUCUCGUUCCCUGCCACCGUCAUCUCAAGAGAAGGUGGUGCUAUCGGUGUCCGAAUCAUUUAUCAGCCUGUUUCUAUAUCUUCAGGGUCUAGAGUCAUCCAAGAUUAGCGCAUGGGCAGCAUCACUUGUUGAAGUGACCAGCAUUCUCGCUGUGCAUAUAGGUCCCUCGCAUAUUCCAGCGAGCGUCUAUGGCGCUAGCGCUGUGCGGUUUUUGCGCACACUUCACCCCACGCCAAUCACUCCCGUUUUCCUUGCUGGCAGUCUUUCUAUCAUAGUCGGAGGCGUGCUCAGGCUUUAUUGCAUGUUGACUUUGGGAAAGUUUUGGAGCUUCCCGCUCAGCGUCAGAAAAGAGCACAAAAUCGUAACAAACGGCCCGUACUCUAUCGUCCGCCACCCAAGCUACACUGGCUUCCUUCUGCAAUAUGUCGGGAUUGUCAUCAUGCACGGGAGCCAAGGGUCGUGGAUGAGGCAGUCUGAAAUUCUCCAAGUGCCUUGCAUGAAGGUACUAACAACGAUUGUCCUCUUCAUGUAUACAGCAACCGCUUUAGUUGGCAUCGACCGAUCUUCAGUGGAGGACAAGAUGCUGCAGCGUGCUCUUGGAGAGGAUUGGGAGUAUUGGGCCAAGAAGGUGAAAUAUAGAUUGCUUCCUGGGGUUUAUUAA